AUGGAGCAUGUGUCUCUGCAAGACCUGGAUCUGCAAGACCUGGACCUCUAUGUCUCCUCCAUGGGCUUACUGCCGCCACUCGCACGGGUGCAAGGGGACGGGGGUGCAUGGGAAGGGGCGGGAGCAGGGGCAGUGUCAGGCGAACCUGCUGCUGCUGAUCCUGCUGCUGCCGCUCCUGCUUCUCCCGAAACCGCCCCAUUCGAAACCCCCUCUCCCUCCUCACCCGCUCUAACCGAGGUGCGAGCCUACCUCCGUCUGCUCGUGUCCCGCAAGGCGUACCCCGCAGCCGUGGGGCUGAUGAAGCAGCUGCACAUGAGCGAAGGGAGAUCGGGAGAGUUUCUCCUUGAUAUGGUGGAGAGGGGGCAGGUGGAGCUCGCGGCUGAUUGGGCCAAGUACCUCGGUGGCGACACAUGUCGCGCGCUGAUUCGCGCGUGCAUGCAGAGGGACCUGUACAAGGCGGCGUAUAAGGUGGUGGUGCGGUGCGAGAUGAAGGAGGAGUUUCCCAACGCGUGGACCGAGUACAGGAAGAGCUCCCUGCGCAAGCUAGCGGACAAGUGCAUGUGGGAGGUGGCGGAGUGCCUUGUGGGGGACGACCCCGACCUGCUCCACUACCUCCUGCAACUGGCGGUGGAGGCAGGCGAGGCGGAGUUUGCGUCUUCCCUCUGCGCCCAGCACAACGUGCCCGUGCCGCCUGCCGUGCAAGGCGCAUUGGCAUCAGAGGCCCCAACGCCCGUCCUCUCCCUCCCCUACCUACUCCAGUGGGGGAGCAACGAGGGGCAGGGGGGGCAGCUAGUAGAUUGCACUACUGAAGCGCCUCAAGCAUCGCUUGUUGAAAGGCAGGGGGAGGGGGAGAAGACAAGCAAGGCGGAGAGAGGAGGGGAGGAUGAGGAAGAGGAGAGGAGGAGGAGGGAAGCGAUAAUGAUGGUUGAUAGUGCAGAGAGUAUUGAGCGCAUGAGGGAGGUGUUGGAGGGGGUUGGGGUGGAUGCAGUGGGGUUUGACUGUGAGUGGAAACCCAAGACUCAAAAGGGUGCUAAGGCCAAUAAGGUGGCCAUACUCCAGCUAGCCACGCGCCGCAAAGCCUUCCUCAUCGAUCUCAUCACCAUCACCGCCUCUCCACCCCUUUCCACCGCUCUCAACUCCGUUCUCCUCCACGUCUUCACCUCACCGCACAUACUCAAGCUCGCCUACGGCGCAGGCAACGACCUGCGUCUCCUCGCCCGCUCCCACCGCGCGGCCCUCCCAGCCGUGUCCACCUGCCACCCCGUGCUGGACCUCCAGCCGCUCGUCUCCCUCCUCUGGCCGCUCUCGGGCCAGGACACCCCCAAGGGGGGCCUCAAGGGCGUGGUGCGCAGCGUGUUUGGGCGGCGCAUGAGUGCGCGCGUGCAGAUGAGCGACUGGGAGGCGCGGCCGCUGAGUGACGCGCAGGUGGAGUAUGCGGGGCUGGAUGCGAUGGUGCUGCCGCAUAUCCUCGAUCGGUGUGUGGCGGUGGCCAGGAGGAUUGGUGCAGAGAGCAUGGUGAAUGCUUGCAAGGCGCCAUGCCACCAUCCCAACACGGCGAUUAGAACGAUGGUGAGGGCGAGGAGACCGCCUGAAAGAACCUUCCUCACACUCGCUUUUCCCUCGCGCCCUCCCCCCCAACACUCCCUCCGCCCCUCCCUUCCCCCCUUCCCUCUCCCCUCCCUCCAUCCGUCCUUCUCCUCCCCCCUCCCAUAUCCCCUGCAGUCCUCCUUCCACGUGGACGGCUCUAUCCCAGCAUCCGAGGACGACGACGACGAUGACAGUGACCUGUCAGAUCUCGUGGGGCAGGGGCGAGUGGCAGCAGCAGCUGCAGCGGCAGGGCUUGUACCCAUGGCGGGGUCGUCUCUUGAGGAGAUUCUGGAGGCGACAGAGAAGCACGCCGAGGGGUGGGUGGGGCAGGAGCAGCAGCAGCAGCAGCAGCAGCAGGUGCAGGGGGAAUCGGGGUUGCUGCAGGGGGAACAGGGGGAGCAGGGGAGGCAGGAGAACGAGGAGGAGACGAAGGAGCCUCACAGUUUAUUGUCCAUCCGUCCUGACCCGUCCCUCCUGCUUCUCCAUUCAAUCCCAUAUGCGCUCUCACCCUGCCCGUUCUUGUCCCUGCUCUCCCUGCUCUCCCUGCGCUCCCUGCUCUCCCUGCUCUCCCUGCUCUCCCUGCUCUCCCUGCUCCCCCUGUCAUCUUCUUGUCCCUCUGCUCUUCUCAGUCCUCGUCUGCACAUACCCGGUCGCCCUUCUCUCAAUCUCACACCCCUCUCUGUCCCCCUUUUUUCCCUCUCUCCUCCCUUUCUCCCUCUCUCCUCCCUUUCUCCCGCUCUCCUCCCUUUCUCCCUCUCUCCUCCCUUUCACCCUCGCUUCCCCUCUUCCCUGCAGAUUAUGUCUACCCCCACUCCCUUCAGUGCAACCACAAUGAACCUCGCCCCGACUCCAGGGAACGCCUAUGCCAUUUGGACCACCGACCAGGUGCAAGCAGUGUUUGCAGACCGCAAUAGUGAUAGACUACUGUGUGUUGCUGUCACGCACUCUGCACCUGCCAUCCCAGGGACGGUCAAGUCGAAGGUACAGGAGUGGCAGCAAGCAAGGGCCCUGCCCAUUCCAGCCUACUCCACUGUCAACGUCGCCUCGCACUGGCUCUGCGACGCUCUCCCUUCCAUUCUGCACGUCUCUCACACGCCUAUGCUGCAACCUCCCGUGAAAAUGGUUCCGCCACUGGGUUUCUAUAGUAGCAGCAGCGGUGAUGGCAGCAGCAGCAGCGGUGAUGGCAGCAGGAGUUGCAGCGGGGUGACGGUGCAUCAUGAGGCACAGGAGCGGGUAGCAGGGCAGAGGGCAGUGGGCGUGGAGCAGCGACAGCGCACCGUAGCAGCAGCGGCAGCAGAAGCAGCACGGGCAGGAGGAGAAGCUGGAGAAGCAGGAAAGGCAAGAGGAGCAGAAGCAGGGAGACAGAGAGAAGAAGAAGGAGGCAGGGGGUGCGUUGAGACAGCGGCAAACCCCACGGGGAAGCACGAUCUGUGGUGGGGGAACGGCCCCACUGCUCCCUUCCCGUUCUUCGUGUCUCAGGUUCGCAUUCAAGUCCCCAGACAGGGGGCGGCAGAGGCAUCAGCAGCGACAUUGCCAGAGGCAUUGCCUGGGUCAGCAGCAGGGGCGUUGCUAGGGGGGAGGAUGACGGAGAGCGAGGGAGAUGCAGGGAAGGAGCACGUGAGGGAGCGGGAGGAGUGGGGAUGGGCGCGGUUCAUGGGUCUGCCAGCGGGAGCAGCAAAGGAGGCGGAGAACCGAGCGGCGUUUGCGGCACUGCAGGCACUGGUGGGGCGAGAGGAGGCGGAGUUCCUGGCGUUUGGCGAUCUGCUGCGCUCACACGGCGUGGCAGCUGUGCCGCUCCGUGCGCCGCCCAGGCUUGCUCCGGAUCUCAUAAUAGCCAUUGUGCCAGCAUCAUCGACAGUCAAUCUCAAUGCCAUUGCUGCUCAUUUCAGCCUUCUUCCCAGGAGCCCUUUAUUUAACGUUCUGUUCGCUCUCUUCCAUCUAUCAUGUUCCCUCUCUCUCCCGUCCCCCUCCACUGUAAACGCUCUUACGGGAUUUCCAAGUGACGCCCUGCCUCCCCUGGGAUACACCCACUCAGUCACCACUCUCAUUGACGCCUCCCUGCUCCUCCACCUCUCCUCUCCCUCAACGCUCUGCCCCUCCUCUCCCUCGUCUUGCUCCGUUCCUGUGAGUGCGAGUGAGCACCAGCAGCAGCAGCAGCAGCAGCAGCAGCAACCCCAGCAGCAGCAGGCUCACGAGCAGAAGGAGCAGCAGCAGCUGCAGCAAGUUGAAGCAGUGGUGAUGCUGCCUGCAGGGGACCAGGAUCAGUGGAUGCUCAUCCGACCCCACCCCCUUCUCCGCGUCACUCAGGCCAUUCCCGUGCCCAACCUCGCUCUCCCGUCCUCUCCCACUCCUGCCUCCUCUCCUUCCUCUCCUUCCUCUCCUCUCUCUCCCACUCCAUCUCUUCCAUCUUCUCCUUCCUCUUCUUCCUCUCCUUCCUCUCUCUUCCCUGCUGCCGCUUCUCCUCCCUCAAAUGCAUACUCGUUUUCAAAACUUUCUCCUGAUUGCCUUCCUCCUCAUUCCCUUCCUCUUUCACCCUCCUCAUCAUCCCCCUCUUCCUUCUCCUGUUCCCCUUCUUCCUCUCCCUCCUUUCCCUCCUCUUCCCCUUCCGCUUCCCCCUUCUCUUCAUCCUCUUCCUCCUCCCUCACACCCAUCCCAUCAUGCGUCUCAAAGGCUGCUGAAUGCGAGAUCUACUGGAGCAGUGACGUGCGCUCCAAAUCACAAGUUUGCCAGGAGAGGGAGAUUUUUGGAGAGGUCAAAACAGUCGCAGAGGCUUCCUGGUGGAGUGGCAGUGCUGAAGCUGCCAGUCGCGUUGCUGUAGGCACGAAGAGUCAGACGAGAUCUACCAGUGGAGUGUUGAUUUCUGAAGCGUCUCAACAGUCGCAGCGGCUUACGGGGAGGGUGCCUGCCAGUGCUGCAGCUGAAGCUGAAGCUGAACGUGCCAGUCGCGUUGCUGUAGGCAGGGGUUGA